UCAAAAUAACUAGAAAUGUUUGACACCUCUCAGUCAUACUAAAAACAUAUAUUAUACAUAAAUACCAGCUCCCUAUUUUAAUGGAAGGCCUAAGACUCAAAAUCGAUUGGGAAGAUGAUGAAGAUCUUAAAGAGGAAAACACAACCUGUAAGCCCAGAAAACCCUUGGUCAACAGCAUUGAUUGUCGCGAGAAGUCAAUAGUGGAAAAUAUAAACGCCGACCAAGAUGCCAUUUCGAAAAUACAAUAUCUUAGUUUAGAGCAUGCGAUGCUGGACAAAUAUAUAGAGAAUCAGGAGCAAGAUACAACACUCCGCAAGUAUUUGGUAGUUGGCGUUCACUGGGUUUCUUUGCUGACUCAAAACGUGCUAAGCCAUCCCUUUGUAGUAUUGCGUUGGCAGUGUCAGGUUCAUAACGCCUCGAAACAUUAUCAUUUACAGCCCUUUAGUCUUCUGCCCAGUAUUGUGCAUUUGCAUAGACGCCAAGGUCUUGGGACACUAUGGAAAGGAGUGGGCAGCUGUCUACUUGUGCGCGGAAUGUCCUGCGCCAUUGACGAUUGCAUAUCAAAACUUACCAGCUGGCCAAAAAAAGUAGAAGGUCGAACUUCUUUAAAGCGAUUUGGACAACAUGUUUUCCUGAAAUGUAUAAGCAUCAGUUUGAUAGUGCCAUUUCACGUGGCUGCCUUGGUAAAAACUGUGCAAAGCGACAUAGCCAGCGAAAAAACAGGGGUUUUAGAUGUGAUGCGGGAGGGAGGACUCCGACUUUUUCACUGGAGUUCCACGAAAAACAGCCAAAUGCUACCUGCUUGGGCAUUAAUCGGUCCCAGUGUUUCGAUUGGCAUCACAAAAUAUCUCUUUAACUUGCUAAUACACGGCGUAUCCACACGAAUGAUGCGUAGGCGACUCACGUUUUUCCAGGAAAAUCGAGGUGGAAAGUUUUGCGACAAUACGCUGGAGCACCAAAAUGCGGAAAUAUAUGCCGGACUUAUCGCUAUGCUAACCACAGAGGUCAUAUUCUUCCCAUUCGAGACUAUUCUACAUCGUCUUCAACUUCAAGGUACCCGAACAAUAAUCGAUAAUCUCGAUAAUGGCUAUGCAGUUGUUCCGAUUCUGACAAACUAUCGAGGAGUCUUCGAUUGCUAUCGAGCUACAAUUAUUACGGAGGGAGUUGGUGGACUCUACAAGGGCUUUGGAGCGAUGGUACUGCAAUUUGUGGCCCAUGUGGCUAUUAUAAAGCUGGCCAAAUGGAUGGUGAAUCAAAUAGCUGAGGGUAUGUCCCAUCGACCACCAUCGCGAAAAUUAAAGUAUCUCGAUUGUGUUUCAAGCAACAAGAGCUCUACUACAUUAUCGCCAAGCGUUUCUAGCACCGAAAUGGAAGUGAACAGUGUCGGAAAGUAUUCACUGGAUUAGUCAAAUCUUACUAUUAAUGUUUGUGUAAAUUAUUUCUAAUAAUAUAUAUUUAAAGGAAAAAAAAA